UGAAGGUACAGUAAAAAAAAAUGUUCGACACAGAAAUUUUUAUUUGUGAAAUUGAAAAGCGGCCUGCAAUAUACGAUAUAAAAAGUAAAGAAUAUAGCAAUAAGGAUGUUAAAGCGAAAAUGUGGGAAGAAGUGGCCAUGGUUAUGUACAAAAACUGGAACGAGUUACCGAUCCAGGAGAGAAAUAAAUUAGGAAAAGAGCUUCAAACACGAUGGAAAUCGUUAAGGGAUCAAUUCCGAAAAGAGGUGAGAGCGACAAAAAUAACACAAAGUGGACAAUCUGCAGCAAAGAAAAAGAAGAAAUAUGUUUAUUUCGAUAACCUCCUUUUCCUAUUGCCAGCAUUAGAUACAAAAGUAACUGCUUCUAACUUCCUUGAUGAUACAAGUAGAAGUGAAACAGAAGCAACAGUGCAAAGUGAUGAUAGUGAGCUGGCUAUUCCAGAUGAAACAACGCCAUUGCAUGUAUCUCCUGUUCAGACAACACCUGCAGCCACAACUAGGGAAACUAAAAGAAAAAAGACCAAGAAAUGUUUCUUCGGAUAUGUUGCAAUUCCUGAAAAUAACAAAAAUAUGGAUAAAAUGACAGAUAAACAACAACCCUCCACUAGUAGAAUGGAAACAUCUGCCCACUGUGUAAAAAUCAAAACCACGGAUCCUACUGGAAAUAGCAAAAAUAAUGAAGAUGUCAGCAUGACUGGAGUUACUGACGAUAAUGAACCUGACGACAUAGGAGAAAUGCAAGACACAGAAAAUAAUGUCUGUCUUCUUUGCGGCGAGUUUGGUCGAGAUCAAGAAUUAUGGUUCCGAUGCGUAAAUUGCGGAGGCUGGGUGCACGCAAAAUGUAGCAGAGUUAAUAAAGAAAUACGUGUGUGA